AAGAAAGUUGAGCUCAAAAGUGAAAGAAAACAAAACGAGUUGAGCUAAAUUUAAAUCAGUACAACAUUCAAAUGCUACUAAAAUUGAAAAUUAAACAGCGAACAAAUGUGCAAAACAUAAACAAUAACAACAAAAACAAUAACAACAAUAAUAACAACAACUGGAACAACAACGAAUCAAAAGCUAAAAGCAAAAGUGACUGUGAAUAAUGUUGAGAGCGCCCACACAGCACAUUGUGGAACUUGGUUUCGGUGCGACGGCAGCAGCAGCGACAGCGACAAGCGAAAAGCAACAGCGCAAAAGCUUACUCCAAAAGCUCAAGCAGCAAAAGCUGUACAAGCCAUUGACAGCGACGGCAGCAGCGACAGCGGCGCAAACGGAAGCGCAGGAGACAAAUCAAAAGAGAGCAGCGAUAGUAGCAGCUGAUUAUUAUUUCAAGCAGCAAAAGCAGACAAGCGAAAAGUGUUUGUUAUUGCUGGCAACAACAAUUAACGCAGACGAGCAGCAGCAGCAAAAAAAGAAGAAGAAAGAGCACACUAGCUAUAGUUUUGCAGCAGCGCUGCGACGCAACAAGAAGCCAAAAACAACAACAACAACAAUAGCAGCAGCAGUGACUGCAACAGCAACAACAACUACAACAACAGCAACAAUAACAGACGACGACAGCAGCAGCAAUCAAAGCUGUCGCAGCAUUAAUAGUAAUAGUAAUAGUAAUAAAAACAACAACAGUUUGUCUAACCAAAACAACAACAGCAACAGCCACACUCAUUAUAAAAACAGUAAAAACUGCAACAGCAGCAACAACAACUACAUAAGUAAUUACAAUUUCAAAACAAGUGAACAACAAGCGUGGAAAACGACAGCAGCACCAACAACAACACAACAACAGCUGCUCAUUAAUAGACACAGCAGUAAUCGACUCAAUAACAUCCACAAUAACAGCAACAACAACAACAUGUCACCCACAUCACAGGCGCCAACACGAACAUCGCUCUUCGAUUCCUGCCAUCGCAAGAUCCGUUUAAUUGGCGGCGGUCCAGUUGCCUUCUUGGGCGGCUUAGUGGCAAAAGCGCGUCGCAAAGAACGCGAUGGCGAUCAAAAUUCAACAGAUACCAAAUUGUAUUUGGAGGAGAGCGUCCUAGAACGUAAACUACCUGAAGCUGAUCUCAAAGCCCUUGUCGAUCUUCCAGCUGGCUUGGACUACAAUGAAUGGCUGGCCUCACACACUUUGGCUCUCUUCGAGCAUGUGAACUUGGUCUAUGGAACUAUUAGUGAAUUUUGUACACAAUCCGGUUGCGCAGACAUGACCGGACCAGGCAACAGAACGUACUUAUGGUUCGAUGAGAAGGGGAAGAAGACGCGGGUCGCAGCGCCGCAAUAUAUUGACUAUGUGAUGACCUUCACACAGAAGACGGUCAGCGAUGAGUCGAUAUUUCCAACCAAAUACGCGAACGAAUUCCCAGGAUCGUUCGAAUCGAUAGCCCGGAAAAUAUUACGCUUGCAAUUUCAUGUGAUAGCGCAUCUGUAUGCGGCGCAUUUCAGAGAAAUCGCGCUGCUCGGCUUGCACACCCAUUUAAAUUUGACGUUCAUGCACCUCACGGCCUUGCAUCGCCGCUUCAAUCUGAUUGACGAGAAGGAGACGGACGUGUUGCGUGAUCUGGAGGUGGCGCUGCGUCUCACCGAUGACAACACUAGUGUUUGUGGACAAGAUGCAACAGCAACAACUGCAACAGAAACUAACAACAGUUCCAACUGCGAACAGUUGCAGCAGCAGCAGCAACAACAGCACAACAACAGCAGCAACAACAGCAAUUCAUCUGCAGAGGCGUUGCAUGUCAAUUCGCAACAACAUAGCACCAGCGGCAACACAACAACAACAGCAACAACAACAUCAGCAACGCCAUCAUUGAUCGAUGGCGAUGCCGCUGCGCCGCCAAUUUGUACACAGCCGGAGGCUGGGGCGGGUGGAAAACCACUUGGCAGCGGUAACUUAUUGGGUGGCAUACUGGGCGAUUUGACGAGCGGUGAAUUUGGUGAUACAACACGUUACUGCACCUCGGCAGUGCCGUCAACACAACAUGCAACGUUGGAUGCAACGUCGGCAACGGGGGCAACAGUGGCAACAAAUGGCGCUGGCGCAUUACAUUUAAAUUUUAGCAACAAUAACAGCAACAAUCACAAUUUGAAUCACUAUCAACCACAUCAGCAUCAUCAUCAUCAUCACCACCAUCACCAUCAUCAUCAUGGACAUCCGCAUCCACAAACCCAUCUGCAACAUGCCACAUCGCAGGCAGCGCAGUCAACGCAACACAGCGGCCUCAUACAAUGCAAUGCGGCGGGUGCAGCGGCGGGAGGUGGUGCCACCGCCAGCAGUAGCAACAGCAACAGCAGCAGCAGCAACAACACCACAGCAACCACAUAGUGUGACAGCAACAGCAACAACCACAACAAAACAAAUACAACAACAAAAGAACAUUAGAAAUAUUAGAAUUACGCAAAAAUGUUAUUUAAUGUUAUUACUUCUAUGAUCCUAAAGUUGAAAAUAUUGUAAAAAUAAUAAAAAAAAAAACAAAAACAAAAACAAAAUACAAAAAAAAAGAGCAACACAAUUAUCGAUAAUUAACUAUCGAUGUGCAGUCGAUAGUUGCGUAGUUCCAUAGAGCACACACACGUUCAGUCGAGACAUAUAAAAUGUAUAGACAGUUAGACAGAUAUAGAGAGAGAGAGAGAAAUAGAGAGAGCUGCAAGCUAAGACUUAGAAAGAGAUAGAGAGUGGGGUCUUCUGCUGUGCAAGACGCUAAGCUUUACAAAGUAUUACCUAUCCCCUACCUAACAACCCCCUUCCCUUAACGUUUUCAACACAACUGACAGUUAAUAAAUAGGCAUAGCCUAAAAGGCCACAAACAAAGCACUUGAAAAACAAAAACUUAAAACUAUCAAAUAAAUUACUAAAUUGUUUAAGUACACACUGGCACGGUCACACUGACAGCUUAUACUACUACCUAGCAAAAUAAUCCAAACAAAGUACUUCAACUAUUACAUAUAAUAUGGGAUCUAAUUAUAUCUGUCGAUCAUUUCAA